AUGAAGUUGCUGCUUGUACUGGUGAUGCUGACAGCAAGUGCUGCAAAAUAUCAAGAUCUGUCCGGUAAGAUGUUCACUUUCCCACUAGAAACCAACACAGCUCAUGUGAGAUUAAACCCAUCAAGCCAGAACUUUGAAGCUGUAACUGUCUGUUACAGGUUCUUUACAGACAUCAAAAGAGACCAUUCACUUUUCUCUUUAGCCACACCCCUCCAUUACAAUGAACUUUUGGUUUACUGGGAUGGCAUAAACAAAGUGAUUGAUUUCGCUAUCAAGAACAAAGAAGUAUUUUUCAGUGAGCUUGACUACAAGACAAACAUUUGGCACUCUAUCUGCACCACCUGGGACUCCGAGUCUGGUCUGGUGCAGCUGUGGUUUGAUGGACAACCUUUCACUAGGAAAUAUGUCAACUCUGGAGCAACCAUCGCAGGACCUGUUAUAAUUAUUAUAGGACAGGAGCAGGAUUCAUAUGGUGGUGAUUUUGAUGUCAAGCAGUCUUUUACUGGCAUGAUGUCAGAUGUCCACAUGUGGAACUAUACCCUCUACCCUUGUGAUAUCCAAAACUAUGUGGAUGGGCUGAACUUCACCCCAGGAAAUGUGUUGAACUGGAGGGCGCUAGACUUUCAGAUUGUAGACAAAGUUCUGAUAGAACAUAAAAUAACACAUUGUUACUAA